AUGGGUAUGACAAGGUUUAAUGGUAGUUCUGGCGGACAUUGUGGUUCUAAUCCUACUGAAGGAACUCAGCCAUCUCAAGCAACACCAAGUCAACCCAAUAGUCAGCCAGAAAUAAAUGCAUCGCAACAACAAUCAAGUGCAUCUGCAACAACUACUAAGUCUGUGAGUCUUGAUAUUAGCAAGACCAAAGGUACAAAUGAGUUCGAUUACAAAAAGGAGAAUAAAAUCCAUACUUACACUGUUAAGUCUGGUCACUCGUUCAACAAAAUUGUAAGGGGAAACACUCCCAUAUGGGAGCAGAAAAAUAACAUUCGCGGUACCAGGGCCAUAUUUAUCGAUGAGGAUAAGAAGUAUUUGUCAGUAUUACUGGUCAAUAAUACAUUCACUCUCCUCCAUCUGGAGAAUAAUACAUGGAAAGAUGUAACCUCUACCAAACAUGAUAUAAACAAGCUUAAGUUUUUCGGGGAGAAUGAUAAAGAAAUUACCAAGGCUAAUUACAAGGUUACUCUCCAUGAAUAUUCUUACAGAUUUAAGUUCAAUGAGGGAGUCAAUUGUAAAAAGAUCAAACUUGGAGAUGAUGAUGUAUGGAAGCACAGUGAUGAUCCUAAGUUUGACUCUAUCACGUUGUUUGAUCUCGGGCUUAUUUCCAACGCUUUCUUUGUGAAGAAUAAAACUGAUUUUAAGAAACUGGAAUUUAAACCGGUUACUAAAGUUGAGGGAGCUAAGGUAGAACCUGUAACGGCAGAUGCAGAUUCCACACAAGUUAAGAGCCAACCAGAGACUACAGGUACAACUGCUACUACACCUCAAGUAAGUGGACCAGCAGUUACUCCUUCAACUGUAACACCAGUAACGGCUGAAGCUCCUGUGGCUGAGGCAAUCAUUCCCACUGUAGCUCCCAAGACUGAAGUUGUCAAGUCGAAUGAUCCUGUACCGGCAAAGGUAAAGGUAACAGUUGAGACUCCGAUGGGUAACCCUAGACCCAAGAGAACUCCGGAGGUUUCUGCUUGUCCUAAGAAAGCAGUUCCAGUGAACAUCAAUGGUAAAGAAAGUACUAGUACCUCUGACUUCAGUGAGGAUUAUCUGAAAAAUGUUAAAGUAUACACUCCUAAGGACAAAUUCAUAUUCAACCAAGUUGUUUUUAUUAAAACCGGAAGUAACUGCUGUGGAUCCAAUUGCUGUGCUUCUGAGACAGUUAUUUGGGAAGCCAAGAACCAAAGUGAGCAUUUUGAUAAGGUGCUUGUUGAUGGUCUUGGCACGUUUUCAAAAACUAAAAAUUUCAGUGUUCACCUUUGUAAUGGAACACAUAAACACUUUAAUAAGUCAACAUUUGGUGGCUGGAGUGAGGCUCCGAAUCUAGUCGAUCUUGACCUCAGGACGACCAAUAGUAACAUCACAGUUGACUUCUCUAAGAAGGAUAACUGUAGGACGUUCACAGCUAAACCUGGUUAUACAAUCAGAAGGAUUAGGAAGAACAAGAAGUGUGGUUCAGGCUGUUGUGGAGAAAGAGUUAUUUGGGAGUCCAUAAAAGAUAACGCCGUAAAGGUGGUACUUGUGGGUAUCAAAAAGGAAGAGAAACAUCUUUCAAUACUACUGGAGACUGGAGAUGCUGUUUUCUUCUUCAAGGAAGGUAAGGGUAAGCCCUGGCAGAAUGUCACAGCCAGCAAGAAUAAGUUAACUGACCUGAGGAUGUAUGCCUUGGCUGAGGAGAAUAAACAGAUGGAGUUACACAGAGGUCACUACUCAGUAACCCUGUUUGGUACAUUCUAUGGGUGUCUGUUCUUUGAUGACGUUUGCUGUGUGAAGGUUAGCCAUAAGGAUAAGACUAUUUGGGACAAGAAGGAGGAAAAAGAGUUUGGCAAUCUGAAGGGAGUAUUCCUCGAUGUGACUUUGAAUAAGUUCAGUGUAAUGAAUGAUGAUGAUAAUUACUGGUUAUGUGAAGAGGUUAAGAAGGCUAAACCUGUCACCCUUGACAUCAAUGUGAAGGCCAGUACUGAAGACUACGAUUUUACCACCGAUCAUAACAGAAAUAUUAACAUAUACACAGCCAAGGGUAAUUCAAUGUUUAACCAGGUGGCCAAGGGUCAAGCAGUUGCUUGGACGACCAAUGAUCCCACCAAGUAUGCAUCCAAGGUCUUUACUAGUAUGGGUUUAACUAUCGUGACCAUAUACUUGUUGAAUGGUGAUAUUUUACACUAUCGUAAGCCUGAAGGAGGUUCAUGGAAUCCGAUUCCUAAUAAGAUAUGCCUUGAACUCAACAGGACCUCAAGCAGAAUUUUCUAUGACUUUCAUCAUGAUGGUGAGAAAAGGACUUUCACUGCAAAACCUGGAUUCCUAUUCAACUCCGUCAUCCUCAAAAGUUCUUGGACCUGGCUAGUGUGUGGGUCAAGUUGUUGUAAGUCGGGAUGUCUUUCAGAUCAUGUUUUCUGGGAAGCAAAAACUGAUCAAGAAUUGUCAACCAAGGUCAUAGUCUACGGCGUAGAGUCAUCGAUUAAGAAUAUUAACAUAUUCCAGAACAAUAAUCAGGUUAAGCAUUUCCACAAGGUUGGCGGAGAUUGGAUUACAACGACACCUUUUGUUCUUGACAUUGAUAAGAAUUCGAAUAAUGAUCUUUUCGACUAUAGGUCCACCAGAGGAUUUGGCCACUUUAAUCCUAAAGCCAAUUUGACAAUAGAGAAGAUUGUCAAAAAUUACAAAUCUAACUGCUGUGUUUCAACAUGUUGUGGUUCAGUGUGCUGUGGCUCUGAGUGUUGUGGAACAAUUGAUGAACAUGUGAUCUGGAAAGCUGACCCAAAGGAUCAUGGCCUUAAGGCAGUACUCAUGGGCGCUAAAAAGGAGGAGAAACAUCUUUCCGUACUGCUCCAGAGUGGUGGAUUUGUACUUCUUCAGAAGACUGGUAAGGGUCAGCCCUGGAAAGACAUCACCCAAAAUAAGCACAACUUCUCAGGAGUAAAGUUGUAUUCCCUGGAUGAGAGUACCUCAAAGUACCAUGAACUCACUAGGGAAGAUUAUGAGCCAAUAGUUUUCGAGUGUAGAUUUGGUUAUGAGCUUAAAGAAGGUGUCAGGUGUGUCAAGAUCACAAACAAUGAUAUGUUACUUUGGAGCCACACGGAUGAUCCUGAGUUUGGGUACCCGAGGGGCCUUUAUCUCGAUCUUCGUAAAAAUCAGUUCAUUAUUACAAGUCUUAAGGAUCAGACAAGGGAACUUACCAAACCUGAGAUGAAACUUGUUACUCUUGACAUCGAUAAAACUGAUAGUACGGGUGACUUCGAGCAUUAUAAAAAACGCAAGUUUCACAGAUAUACAAUUAAGUCGGGCCGCUUUUUCAACAAGGUUGUACAAGGCACUACAGAUAUCUGGAAUUCCAAAAAUUUGUUAGGAACUAUCGUUGGGACUAGGACUAAAGACAAUGGCAAGCACGUGAUCAUUGUGCUUGAAAAUGACGAUUUCAAAUUGUUCCAUCAGCCUGAAGGUGGUAAAUGGACCGAUAUAACCAAUCAGAAGGGUGAUGUGACAAAACUCAAGUUCUAUAGUCCUACAGAUGAUGAACUCACACCAUCUAACUACACUGUUACCAUACUCGGUCAUUGCAAAUGUUUUACCUUCAGUUACAAGUUCGAUUGCGGAAUGAAGUGCAAGACCGUCAUGUACGGAGAAGAUACUAUCUGGGAUGAAAACAAAUGCUGCUCUUAUAAGACCAUCCAGAGGCUUGAUUUUGAUCCAGUUGCAAACAUUUUCUAUGCCGUGAAGAAUAGUUGCGAGUAUAAGAAAAUUGAUUAUGAACCAAAGCCUACUCCAGAGAAGGUAGAACCAGUCAAAGCAACUCCAGUAGUCACAGCUCCAGCCAAACCCACUGAACCGACCAAAGUUACUCUCGAUAUUGAAAAGAAACAGACUACAGCUCAGUUCAACUAUUACGUCGAUAAUGAAUAUCACAAGUACGUAGUUAAGCCUAACCAUGUCUUCGAGAAAAUCGUACAGGGUUCCAACCCUAUCUUCCAGGCAAAAGAUGAAGUAUUUGGUACCAGGGUUGGGAUUAAGGAUAUCAAUAGUGUUAAAUAUUUGUCAAUACUCUGUACGAACAAUGCACUAAGAUUGUUCACACAUACUGCUGGGAAAUGGACUGAUAUCACCAAAGAUAGAUAUGACAUAGGUGCAUUGAGUUUCUAUGGCGAGGGUGACGCAGUUCUAAAACCUAUAACUCAUUAUGGAGUUGACAUUGUUGAUUACUCAUAUGAACUGACAUUUAAAAGUGGUGUAAACUGUCGUAAGAUAAUGUACGGUGACGAUAACCUGUGGAAGAGUACAGAUGAUCCUAAAUUUAAAGAUAUUACCAUCAUGGGUCUAGGGCUUGUUUCCAAUAAUUUCUUUGUAUAUAAGACUGGAUCUGAGUUCAAGAAGAUAGAAUAUAAAGGGCCAAUAGAGGCUAAAAUUACUCAACCCAGGGUAUCUCCAAUCUUACCUCCUCCAACACCCACUGAGGCCACCAAGGUAACUCUUGACAUUGAGAAGAAACAGACCACCAGCGAGUAUGACUACAAGGACGAGAAUGGAGUUGUCACAUACACUCCCAAGAGUGGCUUUCUGUUCAGUAAGGUAUCAGAAGGCCAGCAUGAAAUUUGGAAAUCUGCUGCUAAUGUUUUUGGUAUGCUGGUUAGGACUAAGGAAUCCAAGGGUGUCAAUUACCUUGUAGUCCUACUGACCAAUCGUACAUUCAGUUUGUACCAAGAGGGAGUUAAAGAAUGGACCGACAUCACCAAAGAGAGACACGAUGUCAAUAAGCUGAAGUUCAUCGGUGAUGGAGACACCGUGCUGAAGGCUACAGACUACGAUGUAACUAUUGUAGACAUGUCAUUUAGUCAUACAUUCAAAAGUGGUGUCAAAUGUGUUAAGGUUACGCUGGGUCAAGAAGUUGUCUGGAAAUCAGGUGACGAUCCAAAGUUUCCUACGAUAAGUGCGUUUUCACUAGGUCUUGCUUCAAACUGUUUCUUCAUUAAGAACCCCUCUGGUGAUGUCAAGAUAGAACAUAAACAAGUGGAAGAGGUUACCAAGUUAUGGUACCAGUUCAGUACUUUGGAGCCCAGUUUAUGAUAUUCCUACAGUUCUAAAGUCCAGGUUACAUAACAGAAUAGAAGCGAAGGGGACCUUCCCGUUUCCAUACCGAGGGUAUGAACACCUGGAACGUUGUUACUGGUCCAAGAUGCCUAGCAAAAUAAGUAAUAAAAACUUUAAACAAAUGUUUAAUAAAAUAUACGAAGAGAAGCAAUGUGUAGUCAAAAUGGGCUAAAAAUUUU